UAAGAUGGGAAGCAGCUGAGCACGAAGCUGAGGUAACUUCAGUGAUCUCAGGAAACACAAAAAUGUCAUUUCGUUCUACGAUCCUGUUGGCUUCUGUUUUCCUGUCGGCACUGGUGACCCCCUCUGCAGGAGGUAAAUGUGUGGCCCGGCACUUUGGUGAGGACUCUGUGGUGUGUGAGUGCAAUUCCACCUACUGUGACAGCUUCGGUCCGGCCACACUUCCCCCUGUGGGUCAGUAUGCCUCCUACCUGAGUACUAUGGCUGGAAGCAGGCUGGAGGAAGGCCGGGGUCAGGUCCACCAGAACAGCAGCGGGGCAGACCUCCGGCUGACAAUCGCUGCCUUCCAGAAGUACCAGCAGAUCAGAGGGUUUGGUGGAGCCAUGACAGAUGCAGCAGCUAUGAACAUCCUGUCCCUGUCUCCUGGCUCCCAGGACCAGCUUCUCCGACAGUUCUUCUCUGCAGAAGGUAUUGGCUACAACUUGAUGCGUGUACCCAUGGCCAGCUGUGACUUCUCCACCCGUCUCUACACCUACGCAGACACACCUGAAGACUACACCCUGAAUGAUUUCACUUUGGCUCCUGAGGACAUCAAGAUGAAGAUCCCUCUGCUGCAGCGUGCUCAGGCCUUGUCUCAUCGCUCCCUGUCUUUGCUGGCCAGCGCCUGGAGCGCCCCAGCCUGGAUGAAAACUAGUGGUACAAUCACCGGAAAGGGGUCACUUAAAGGUCUGCCAGGGGGCAAAGUGCAUAAAACCUGGGCUCAGUACCACAUCAGGUUCCUCGAGGAAUAUGCUAAAUAUAAUUUGACUUUCUGGGCAGUGACCACAGGGAAUGAACCAACUGCGGGGCAGCUGACAAAUUACAGCUUUCAGGCUAUGGGCUUCACUCCUGAGGAGCAGAGGGACUGGGUGGCUCUGGACCUGGGUCCUGCCCUGCAAGACUCUUCGUUCCCAAACACACAUGUCAUCCUACUGGAUGACAACCGCCUGCUGCUGCCCUACUGGGCUAAAGUGGUCCUAAGUGACGUGCACGCUGGACGAUACAUUUACGGCAUUGGCGUCCACUGGUACUUAGACAAUUUUAUCCCACCUGAGCUAAGCUUGGGAGUCACCCAUCACCUGUUCCCAGAGUAUUACCUGAUCGGCACAGAGGCCUGUGCUGGCUGGAGUCACCUGGACAAGGGUGUCAAACUGGGCAGCUGGGCCAGGGCUGAGGAGUAUGCACAUGACAUUAUCCAGGACUUAAAUCAUUACGUGGUGGGCUGGAUUGAUUGGAACCUGGCACUGGACCUGACUGGUGGGCCAAACUGGGUUAAGAACUUCGUGGACAGCACUGUCAUUGUGAACGCGCAUCGUGACAUCUUCUAUAAGCAGCCAACCUUCUAUAGCAUGGCCCACUUCAGUAAGUUCCUGUGGGAGGGGUCUCAGAGAGUGGGUGUGUCUGUCAGCCAGCAAACUUCCAUGGAAUUCACAGCCUUUGUCAGGCCAGAUGGUUCAGUUGUGCUCAUCAUACUCAACAGGUCGUCAUCAGUGAUCCAGUUUGAAGUUUGGGAUCCUGCUGUAGGCUACAUCCCGUCUACUGCUCCAUCUCAUUCCUUGCUCACGCUGGCAUGGAACACACUCUGAUCCUGAACACACUAUUUAUUUUUAAUUUCAAAAGCAUUUAUGCUCAUUUCAACAUGCCAAAGUAACGCUUUAGUAAAAUAAGCUUCACAGUAUAACAUCAUUUCAUUAUUUAUUAAUCUGGUGUGUUUUUUUUUUUUUUUUCACUUAACUGAUUUACAGAACCAGAGUAACCACAAUGUUGUUGUUUUUUUAAGUAUUUAUCAAGACUGCUAGAAAUGUGCAGUGAUCUCAAAUGACAAUUGAACUGAUUUUUUUUAUGUUAAUAUAUUUUUGAAUUAAACUGAAGUUCUAAAUCAAG